GUUUUCGCCACAACACUAAUUCGAUAAUCACUUUAGCGGCGAGUACAAAAUAUUGGGGCAGAUGGUUUGGCUAGUCAUUAGGCUUUAGCUGGCAAGCAAGGCGAUUUAACGCCGUACAAUGUACUUCAAAGUAGUCCUCUGCCUUCUAGCGUCUACUCUUCUUUACACGGAGGCAUAUAUUCGCGAUCAACCGCAACGUCGAUUAAAGCCCAGAAGCCUAGGAAAUGCCCAAAAGAGAUUUCUGUCUAGCUUAACCCAGUAUGAUGAUUUUCUCGAGAAUGUUUUGAAGCCUCUGAUGCGAGUACGGACUCCGGGCUCUGAGGGACAUCGCAUUGUCAAAACGUUUAUCAAAGACUUUUUAAAGAAACUUGGCUGGAAUGUGAGUACAGAUGAGUUUGAGGCUGACACACCAUUUGGUGUCAAGCAUUUUGAAAACAUAAUCGCUACAGUAAACCCCGAAGCUGAAAGAAGGCUUGUUAUAGCUGCUCAUUAUGACUCGAAAUAUUACCCUAAGACGAAGGAACCGGAGUUCAUCGGGGCUAUCGACUCUGCUGUACCAUGUGCCAUGAUGCUUGAGCUGGCCGUGUCUAUGAGGCAUUUUUUUAAUCACUUAAAGAAGAAUUCUUAUGUGACCCUUCAAAUGGUGUUUUUUGAUGGCGAAGAGGCGUUCAAGGAAUGGAGCGCAAGCGACUCAAUUUACGGCGCUCGGCAUCUCGCAGAAAGAUGGCAAAACGAGUCCCAGCUAGACAACGUGGAAUCUCUUAUAUUACUGGAUCUCAUCGGCUCCCCAAGACCUGCCUUUUACGACAUGUCGAGCAAGACCUCGCCGUAUUUCCACAGACUACAUAAAAUAGAGGUCGCCAUGGCCAACCGAGGCGAUCUGAUUGGUCCGUACGAAAAUUAUUUCCGCACCAACAUUGGCCUGCAAGAAGGCAUCUACAUAGAAGACGACCAUAUCCCUUUCCUGAGAAAAGGAGUGCCCAUACUUCACAUUAUCCCCAUCCCAUUCCCUGAAGUUUGGCACAAGUCCACGGAUGACGCGCAGCAUCUAGAUCACGUGGUCAUCGAGAAUCUCAUUAAGAUAUUCCGAGAAUUCAUCGCAGAGGAGUAUGGGCUUCCUGUGCCUACAGUCUACCCAGCCAAAAAAUCCCAAGUGCCUAACACUAACACAAAUACAAAUGAAUUUUAAAGUUAACAGCAUUGCAAUAUGUGUAACAGAGUCUAGGCAUUUUCCCAGAAAACCUUUCAUAUAGUUUUGUAUAGAGGUUCCUCAUUUAAGUUAUAUUGUCGGGUGCUAAAGGGGUAGACCACGCCCUUCAAGUGGCGGGGGAGCGGGAUGUGGAUGAAAAUUAAGCCCACCCUCCCUAAGAAAAAACUGCAGCUGCAGCUAAACAAAAUCAUUAUCGUCGCUGCGGAAUUGAUGAACCUCUGUAUCCCUGUGUAUUACUGCGAUUUAAGUAUCCUGCGAACCCAUGUUGUUAAACUUUUCAACGACCCCUGUAAAUCAGAAAUUUUCAAACACACGGAAGCGGUUUAGAAGUUGGAUAUCGUUGGCAAGAUUUCGCAAAAUAGUCAAACUCGUAGUAAGCUUUAGUUGACAUGUAGGUAUUUUUAUAACUAUAUGUUGUCCGUGGGAUCGUCUUUAUUGUGUAUAUGUGUUGUACCGUUUUCAUGGCUAAUACAAGGCCAGUAUCAGUAGCGGAUCUAGGGGGAGAGGGUUUAGGGGGUUUAUACCCCCACCACCACCCUUUGGGCCACCGGAAAGCCAUAUAUGUAACAAAAAACAUUACCCCCUCCUCCCUUUUUUCACUGAGCCAACCCCCCCCCCCCCCCUUUAGCGAAAAGCUGGACCCGCCCCUGUACUGUUGCUAAAACCAACUGAAAAAUGUCUUACGCAAUAACGUCAAGGGAAAACCGAAAGGGCAUAGCCUCCCAAGAAUUGUAAAACAAAAUAUAAUUUAAUAUAAUUAAUUCAAUUUAAAGAUAUCCUAUCUCUAAAAAAGGUGAUUUUCAAAUAUGAUUUAUACUCUUUGGAUGGUUAUUGGAAAAGGACGUUUUAAAAAGACGGUGAGGUUGUGACAGCAUGCGUGGAAAAUGCUGUUUCUGUAUCUCAGCAUGCUUCUACUUGCAUGGUUUUAGAAAAAAAAGGUUAUAGAGAGAAGUGUGAGACAGAAUUAAAUGGAACCUGAAUAGAAUGGAAUCUGGAUUUUAUUAUCUCGAUAAUAUUCUCCGACGCCUCUGAGAAAGUCAGUAGUGGAGAGAGGGAGCGCUGAGGAAUCUCUCAUACGUGCUGAAAAUAUGGUCUCUGUUUAUCACGAAAUUUAUAUUGCAUGGUGCUCGAAUGGUUACGUAAUGCAUAAACUAACAAUAAAUACAGCCAAUGA